AUGGGUGCCCCUAACCACAACCUGGACGCUCUCGAGCAGCGUCGCCUCACUCUUGAGGAUAAUAUACUUCAGUUGCAGAAGUCUUUGUACCACUGGCGCAACUGGGAAGCGGAAUACGACGGCUUCCGCGACGCGAUUACCGAUCUCGACAAUGACGCCACCACGGACGAUUUCGUUGCUGCUGGCCGUGAACUUGGAGGUGAACUCGUUAACGACGAGGAAGUUCAAGCGAUUAUUGGAGAGAAGCAAGGUGCAUUGAGGUCUCGCAGACAAGUGAUCGAUCUUAUUGGAAGACGGAUCGACUAUGUCAAGCAGAAUGUGGCCACCAUGGAGAAGAGGCUGAGGACUGCCGAAGAUGAACUUUAUGCGCUGGACUCAAGGGAUACUCCAACGGACGGUGGUGCAUUUCCCGUGAGGGAGAUCAUGGAGGAAUUAGACGAGGAUGGCAAUGUUGUCUCCAGCUCGAUCAACACCCCCGGUGACCAGGCUUCGCAGCUUCUGGAGACCUUGAAGAAGGCCGGUGUCGAGAACAUUCCCGAGAAUGUUACUGCUGCUGCUACAUCGGGUGAGGCUUCCAACGGGGUUUUGGCUUCUGCGCCAGAGCAGAAGGCAGACAAAAUGGACACAGAUGAGGAUCGAUCUGAAUCAACCACCACUUCGGAUGGCCAGCACUUGGAAAACAACGGCACCUCUGCACAGGAAGAAGAAAUCGACCUCUCAAAACCAGUGUCCCUGGUGACACCCGAAGAUCGCAAGCAACCGCCCGUCACUGACGUUGACGAGUCCCCCGAGGAAGCCAGACUGCGCCGAGAGAUGCUGCAAUACGGGAUCGAUGAAGUUGGCGCGAUCGUCGCGGAACUCGAAUUGGAUGAGGAGGGAAGCGAAUUCUCCGUUGACGAGGAUGACUACGAUUUUGAUUCCGACGAGGAAGAUGAAGACGAGUUUGGCCGCUCACAAACUGUCCUGUCCGAGGAUUAUCACCAGCAGAUGCGAGAGCUGGAAGCUAAGCUCAAUGCCCGGGGAAUGUAUAAUGUGGGCAAGAAUUCUCAAGGAUUCCCAGAGGAGAUCCGACAAGAUCUCGAGAAACCUUCCGCGGCAGAAUUUGCCCAGCAGAAUGCCCCGGAUAGCUCCAAAGGCAAGAAGCCUAAGAAGCGUGUUGCAUUCGCCGACGAUUUGGAUAUCGCCCCUGCGCCUGAAGCCCCAGCUGCCGAGCCAAAGACCCUUCCGCCGCAACCUGACGUUCCAGUACUCUCAGACGCCAUCGUCGAGCGUACAGAACGCACCCCGGAAGCACAGCCAGCUUCAGAAGAACGCCCUAAGAAGGUCUCAAAGUUCAGGAGCGCUCGAGCGUCAGCCACUGCCGAUGACACGACAGCGCCAUCCACCAACUCUCUUGCCUCAAAUUCCUCAAAGCCAUCCAAGUUCGCCGAGGCUCGGGCGCGGAAACUGGUCAACGCUGUCCCAUCGAACACAACACCUGAUCUAUUCCCCGCCACUCCUCAGGAACCAAAGCCUUUCUCUGCGCCAAUCACGGAUGUUCCUUGGGAGCCAUCCGUUCCUCGCCCUCCUGAAGGCAAGACUCUUGCCGACAAGCUUGUCGAGCGAGAAAUUGCCCCAGGCGCAGCCGCCCCGGAGCCAAAUGAGCUGGACGAGUCCAUCCACCGCCGCGAGAUUGCCUCCGAGUUCUACAGAAUUCGAAACCGGAUGAUCCAUCAGCAGGGUGGAUUUGUCAACAACGAACAAGAAAACGAGCCCAUCGAAGAGGAGGGUCAGCCGCGGAUCAGCAAGUUCAGAGCUGCUCGCAUGCGGUAA